AAAUUGAUUUAUCUCAACUUCAAGCUUCAAAAUCACUAUAAUUGACAUUUCUUUCACAUCAUUCGGAAAAAUAAUCAAAAUUAUUCCAGUUUAUUAUGACCACAACCCUUCCUGAAUCUAACUCGGAUGAUUACUUGAACAGUAAUGAAAGAUGGUUUCCAUCUCUAUCGACGUUUUUCAUGGAAAUGGGAAGAGAAUUGAUGGAGGAAAUACAUUAUGUUGAACAGUUUUUCAUUAAAAUUCACAGUAUAUACGCAUUUGUCUGCCAGAUUUGUUUUUUCAUCUUGUUCGACGCCGCAACUGAUAAACAUCCUGAAUUCGACGAAUCGCGAGGAGACAAAAGCGUCGUUAUCGCCUUAUCAAGUAUCCUCUUCUACUCUGUAUUCGCCUACUUCGUAUCAAGAAUGCGAGACGUUUGGCAGACGAACAGAGUAAGACCAAUUCUAAAUUUUUCCAAUAGAAGGCUCUUUCUGCAGUGGAUGUGUAAAAUAUUGAUCGAGUGGGCCAAAGCCGUUGUUAUAGUUAUGUGUCUCAGAGAACAAGGCAUCUACUAUGAACCAAAAUUGAUCUACAGUAUCGCGACUUUCAUUUACUACUUGUGUUCCGAGAAGAUAUUCCUCCAGAUCAUACCAGAGCUGGUUGAAAUUUUGAACAUUGAAAGUUUGGAAAAUCUGGAACAUCUCUAUGUUCCUAUGGCUCUGAACUUCGUGGCAAUAGCAGCAGCGACUGUGACGAUAUUCUAUCUUCUCCUCUUCAAAUAUUCCCAUUUUAUCUUACUCACUGUAUACUUUGUUAUAUAUCUUCGGAUAAAAGAUGUAUACCACAACAACUGGAAGACCCUCAGAGCGGAGAGGCAGACUUAUCGGAGUUUUCGAGUGGCUACCAAAGAGGACAUACAAGAAUGGGCUGACAUAUGUGCCGUCUGCUUGUGUAGCAUGUCAAGCGCGAGAAUAACACCCUGUAAUCACCUGUUUCACCCACACUGUCUCAAACAAUGCCUCAAAACUUCUUUUUAUUGUCCAUUGUGUAAAAGGCACUUCAUGGAAAGAUCUGAAAUAAAAUAAAUGAGUUAUUGCUUACAG